CAGGCCUAUACAAUUCAGGGACAAUACGCGAUUCCACACCCGGAUUUGACCAAGCUCCACCAGUUGGCUAUGCAGCAAACCCCCUUUACUCCCCUUGGACAGACCACCCCCGCUUUCCCUGGAGAAAAGCUGCCCUUACAUUCCUCCGAAGAAGCUCAAAAUCUGAUGGGCCAAUCAUCAGGUUUGGAUGCCAGUCCCCCGGCCAGUACUCAUGAACUCACCAUUCCCAAUGAUCUAAUAGGCUGCAUAAUCGGACGCCAAGGGACCAAAAUCAAUGAAAUUCGGCAGAUGUCGGGAGCGCAGAUCAAAAUCGCCAACGCCACGGAAGGGUCAUCGGAGCGCCAAAUUACCAUCACAGGAACCCCUGCAAACAUCAGCCUUGCGCAGUACCUCAUCAACGCCAGGCUGACGUCUGAGGUCACUGGAAUGGGCGCACUCUAA